AUGACAAGCGCCACUGCAAACGAUGCCCAUGCGGCAUUGUCCUCGGGUCCCUCGAUUAUGGAGCUUUUCACCCAGGCAAAGCGUCUAUUGGCUCUCCAGCCUCGGGUUGAAAACAGACAACUCCGUAAAGAAAACUCGCGCCACCAGCGACGCCGCAGCAUUUCGCCGUCAUCUCCCUCAGAUGCCAAAGUUCUUGACUUGUUACUGCCGCUUUCUAUGGAUGAUUUGCGUGGCAGCGUGACCGACGCAAAACGGAAACCGACUCCCAAGAAAACUCCCCAGAAUGAUGGUAUCACUCCCGUGUCCAUGAACGACAGUCCACCCGAAGCUGUGCGAGUGCAACGUGCUGCUGCAGACACACUUGGUGCGGCGCCAGUGAAGAAGGAACCAUGUGAGGGCGUCACUCCGGUUUCAGUACACGCUGUCAAAAGUGAGCCAUCCCGUUCUCAGCUUACGGCCUCGUUGCGCGACAACGACUCGUCUUCGAACAUGGAAAUCGAUCCGAAAAGCCCCGUCCGCGGCGUGAAACCUCCCACAGAAUGCUUCAACUGCCACACGCUAAAAACGCCUCUAUGGCGUAAAGACCGGGUAGGAAACACGCUAUGUAAUGCAUGUGGGCUCUUUUUAAAGCUACAUGGCACCACACGCCCGCUUUCUCUCAAAACAGACGUUAUCCGGAAGCGCAGCUCGCGCCGUGUUUCCAUAACGCCUGCAAGAACCGCACCAGGAUCUUCUCCAGCUUCACACGAUGGCAGAACACCCAUACCGAAUGGAAUACCGAUCAUGGGCAGUGCUCCGCGCCUGGUUUCCAGCGUGGGAUCAUUUAGCUCUUAUGGAUCUGCACCACACCAGAUGCCUACGGAAGGAGCCCGGCAGAAGAACGUUUUGAUUUUACCCAAGCCUCCAAGCAGCAGCGCUUUGGCCUCAGCACCAUCAUCACCUUACAACACUACGCUGCAGUUCAAGAGAAAAAAGUCCGAGGUUGGUGAGGAUAUGCUUCGACGGACGCCGUCCAUGCUUGCUGGAAAACCUGUGGUGAAGCGGGGGUUCCUGUCUACAUCUGUCAACAGGCGUACCUCAGUGACCAACUUGCCGGGCAGUUUCCACAAGAUGCGCUUUGCACCUACGCUGGGCACGUAUUUUGACCAGCCGCAACCCGAACUGCCGUAUUCUCCCUCAUCCCUCGGGCCCACUAGUGCACGGCUGUCGUUUGCAGCUCCCGAGGGAUCGCUCGGCUCGAUGGGUGGACGUCUCAACUCAAUGACUGGCGUCUCGCUUAGCAUGGAUCCUCUAAUAGAUCCUCUUUCAGCUCCGCUUGGGACGUCGCUCAAUGGACCGUACGGUGGCUCUUUAACGGAAGCACCGAACGACUCAUUAAGCGGCUCACUUUGUGACCCACUCACAGCAAGCGACUCUCUUCCAGAGUUUACGCCGUACGUACUGCUGGUCAAAAACGAAGACAUUGACGCUGAUGACUUUUUCAAGAACUAUACAUCGCUCCAUAACGACGAUCUGAUCGAUGUGGACCCAGCGGACUUGGCUACACCACGUAUAGACAAUGUGGGAGGCCGUUACGAAAUCAAGCCCUCGGCCACCAAGUCUACGCUUACAGACGGACUCAAGGCUCGGGCCUAUAAUGACACUAAUGACACAAAGGGCGGCGAUUUAGACUGGCUUAAAUUUGAAAUCUAG